AAAUAAUUAGAAUUUGUAUGAUGUUGACAGAAAGCAUGUAAAUAAAUUCUGGACAUUAAAGUAUGAUCCAUGAUAUAAAAUAUGAUUAUUAUGGUGAUAAAUUAGCAAGUUGUGGAAGUGAUGGAUAUAUAAAUGUGUAUGACGUGUCAAAAAAAUAAUAAGUUGGUUAAAUAAAGAUGUAAGAAAUGAAUACAAUAUAAUAGACGAGAUUCACCAUUGUUUUCAUUAUGUUGGUCACAUCCUAGAUUUGGAAAUGUAUUAGCAACAUCAUCAUAUGAUGGAGAGAUAUCAAUAUAUAAAGAAUAAAAGGAAUGGAUAAAAGUAGCUAGUUUUUAGAAUGAAGUGAGUGUUAAUUGUGUUUAAUUUAUGCCAAGAGAAUUAUUAUUAGCAUGUGGUACAUCAGAUGGAUUUGUAAUUUUAUUGGAUAAUAAUAAAAAUUGGGAUGUUGAUCAUAAAUGGUAAGCACAUGAAUCAACAAUACAUGGAUUAUGUUGGAAUUAAGAUGGUUCAUUAUUAGCUACUUGUAGUGCUGAUAAAUUAAUAAAGGUUUGGGAAUUCACAAAUAAUAAUAAACCUUAAUUGAAAUAUACAAUUCAAUCACAUCUCGAUGUAGUAAAAGAUGUUUAAUUCCAUCCUUUAGAAAAUAAUAUUCUUGUAUCAGGAGGAGAUGUAAAAAUAUAUAUUGAUUAUUUAAUAUAGGAUGGAAGACUUAGAACACAUAGAAUUGAUGAUGAUAAUAUAGUAGAAAUCCAAGUAAUUGAUUUUCAUAUCAGUAUUUGGAGAAUAGCAUUUAAUAUGUUAGGAAAUUUAUUAACUAUAAAUGGAGAAAAUAAUGGUUAAAGUUAAAUAUAAACAUUAAAAUAAGAAAAUAAUUUUUAAUAUAGCAAAAUUGAUUGCGAUUGA